CUCCUUUCGUCUCCACUCUUACAAUCAAUUCGGACGAGCCAAACCUAGCGCUCCCUAACCCAAGCCCCCGACUUUCAAACUUCGACCCUCCUGUGCUCCAACUACAAUUGCAUCCGGACCCCCGCCACUCGUCUUCGUCCAUUCGAGGUACCUUGUUCCGUCUCUGGAAACUGCGCCAAUCCACGCAUAGAGAGAUUUGCACGGCGAGUUGCAGCCUCGAGUUCGCUCCCUGGCUUUCAAACCUCAGCACCACCUCGCCUUGAUCCUCCGCCUCGCCGACAAUCUAUUUAACCUUGCUGUGGUCCCUUGCCGCAUGACGCGCCGACUGCGAAGUCACCACCAGCCCGGCGGCCCUUCCUCAGCGGAAGACAACCAGCUGUAAAAAGCGCCUCUGACUGGCCUCGGCACCCCCAUUCUAUUCGAACCGAGGCCACCCGCUCGUCAUUCGCAAAGACACUGCCCUCGUGUGGAACGGGCAACAUCAUCAACGAGACAUCAUGUCACGCCUAAACAAACACCAUCAGUCAUGCCGUGAGCUCCACGUCGUCGUGCUUGGCGCUGGAGGUGUUGGGAAGAGCUGUUUAACAGCUCAAUUCGUUCACAAUGAGUGGAUUGAGAGCUACGAUCCUACUAUUGAAGACACCUACCGGACACAACUCCAGGUUGAUGGACGCCAAGUUGUCUUGGAAAUCCUUGACACUGCAGGCACAGAGCAAUUUGUUGCCAUGCGCGACCUAUACAUGAAGUCUGGUCAGGGCUUUAUUUUGGUGUUUAGCAUCACCUCAUCCUCGUCAAUGAAUGAGAUUGAGAUGCUGCGUGAGGAAAUAACUCGCAUCAAGGAUGAUGACAAUGUUCCCAUCGUCAUCGUUGGCAACAAGGCCGACUUGGAAGAGCAGCGGUCUGUACCCAGACAAAGGGCUUUUGCCUGUUCCCAAAUGUGGGAUGCGCCCUACUAUGAGACAAGCGCCAGGACCCGGACCAACGUCGAUGCCGUGUUCAUAGAUAUCUGCCGCCAACUGCUCAUGAAGGAUGAGAAGUUUCAAAGCCAGGUCGCUCAAGACGACGACGAGCACGAGUACGAGAAAACCCCUGGUCUCAUGGGAUUUGCCAAGCGGAAAAACCGAAGACGGAGAAGGCCCGACGGUCACCGAUGCGUGAUCUUGUGAGCGUUACUCUCGCUCAUGUUAAAGUCAACUUGGUCUUUGGGACCAAGUUCACCGCUCGCCACAGCCCUUUAUCAUGCCCAACGUCACCCCCCAGCCGCGAAGAGUUUGCUCGUAUUCGCUUCGAUGCCACCGUGGUGCCCCGACAGCAGUGCAUUCGGCAACAGACGACACGCAGUUUUCUCAAUGGCCUGGGCAGAGCGGUAAACCAACCAACCCUCUCAUCUUGAUGCCCCCCCCUUCCCCCCCAAACAAGACGACGUUGUUUUAUCUGCAAAACAUACCCUCUCACGAUUUCUGUUGUUAGCCUCAUGGCAUAGUAGCAUUUCGACUUUUCAUGUCGAUACGGCCUUUUGUACGCUUUACGACUUUCGAUUUUUGGUUGACGACAGCAUGCUUCGUCCCCCCCCCCCUGCCCCCGCGGGGGCAGGGGGGGGAGGGGCAUGCACCAGGAGAAGGAAUUUCAAGAACUGCAGACACAGACUUUCAUAUGUCACUUUGAUUUAGUCUUCAUUUUUCAUGCUUGUUUUUUCACGAAGGGACGAUUUUGGACAAAGACCUUACCGCCGACAUAUUUUUUUCUUCAACUUCCAACUUUUCAUUCAUCAUAGGGCCGGAGACGAAACAAAAACACAAGGGGACUGGAGUUUUAAGUACAAAACCAAGAUAUGGUUGGACAUGGCUCACAGGCGUUGGUAAACAAACAAUGAUGGUUCCGUAAAGGCCGCGAGGCUAGCAAUAGAUGUGGCCUUGGCUGGGAGGAGGGGGAGGUCUUCUCUCCUCCCCAUGAGGCGGGAAUUGACAGUAUUCUUAGCCUCAUUAUGAGACUGCAAGCUUCCCUGCUUAUCGUUUGUGACAGGUGAU